GCGCAGUCAGCGCGCGGCCGCUGCCGGGAGCGGAGCCGGACGGACCCAGCGCCCGCUCCGCCGCCAUGGCCGCCGCGCACCCGGGCCCCGCCGCGCCCGCAGCCCCCGCCGCGCCGCCCCCCGCCGCCCCGGGCAUCCUCAUCGGCGACCGGCUCUACUCCGAGGUGUCCCUGACCAUCGACCACUCGCUGAUCCCCGAGGAGCGGCUCUCGCCUACCCCGUCCAUGCAGGACGGGCUGGACCUGCAGUGCGAGACCGACCUGCGCAUCCUGGGCUGCGAGCUCAUCCAGGCGGCCGGCAUCCUGCUGCGGCUGCCGCAGGUGGCCAUGGCGACGGGGCAGGUGCUGUUCCAUCGCUUCUUCUACUCCAAGUCCUUCGUCAAGCACAGCUUCGAGAUUGUUGCUAUGGCCUGCAUCAAUCUCGCGUCCAAAAUCGAAGAGGCGCCUCGUCGGAUAAGGGACGUGAUCAACGUGUUCCAUCACUUGCGGCAGUUAAGAGCUAAAAGGACUCCAAGCCCCCUGAUACUUGAUCAGAACUACAUAAACACCAAAAAUCAAGUAAUCAAAGCAGAAAGGAGGGUACUGAAGGAGUUGGGAUUUUGUGUUCAUGUCAAGCAUCCUCAUAAGAUCAUUGUUAUGUAUUUACAAGUCCUAGAAUGUGAACGUAAUCAAACCCUGGUACAGACUGCCUGGAAUUACAUGAACGACAGCCUGCGGACCAACGUGUUUGUUCGCUUCCAGCCGGAGACCAUCGCCUGUGCCUGCAUCUACCUGGCUGCCAGAGCCCUGCAGAUCCCGCUGCCUACCCGUCCCCACUGGUUCCUGCUCUUUGGCACCACGGAGGAGGAGAUUCAGGAGAUCUGCUUAACAACUCUGAAGCUUUACACCAGAAAGAAGCCCAAUUAUGAAUUUCUGGAUAAAGAAGUAGAAAAAAGGAAAAUGGCACUACAGGAGGCAAAACUGAAGGCAAAAGGUUUAAAUCCAGAUGGAACUCCAGCACUCUCAACUUUGGGUGGCUUUUCCCCUGCAUCCAAACCAUCUUCCCCAAGAGAAGUAAAAGCUGAGGAGAAAUCUCCAGUGUCUGUGAAUACCAAAACCAUUAAAAAAGAGCCAGAGGAGAGGCAGCAAACCUCCAAGAGCCCUUACAACGGGCUGAGGAAGGAGAGCAAGAGGAGCCGCAGCAGCCGCAGCCCCAGCCGCUCGCGCUCCCGCAGCAAGUCCCGCUCGCGCUCCCACUCGCCCCGCAGGCACUACAACAACCGGCGCAGCCUGUCGGGCACCUACAGCUCCCGCUCGCGCAGCCGCUCGCGCAGCCACAGCGGGAGCCCGCGGCGCCACCACAACCACGGCUCGCCGCACGCCAAGGCCAAGCACGGCCGCGAGGAGCUCAAGGGCGCCGGCAGGCACGGCCACAAGAGGAAAAAGUCGCGGUCCCGGUCGCAGAGCAAGUCCCGGGAGCACUCGGAGGCGGCCAAGAAGCACCGGCACGAGCGCGGCCACCACCGGGAGCGGCGCGAGCGCUCGCGCUCCUUCGAGCGCUCCCACAAGGGAGGGAAACACCACGGCAGCGGCCGCUCGGGCCACGGCCGCCACCGCCGCUGAGCCGGGGCUGCGGGGCGGGGCUGGGCCGGCACUGAGCCCCC